GUGGGGGCCGGAGCCGACUCCCCCGGAUCUCACCGCCGAGGGUCCAGCCAGCAGGGGGUCUGUGCCGUCGCGCCGGGUGUGCGCCCCCCCCGGGGGCCGGGAGCCACCGCGUCCCGGGCAGGUGUGCCGGGACAGCGGGCGCGGCUGGGACUCGGCAGGACGCGCCCGGGAGGUUCGAUCUACACUUCUUCUGUUUCCUAAAACAAGAGAAGAAAAUUGCAAAAGGAUGGUGACGACUUUUUGAGUUUCAUGCCACAGAGAGAAGGUUUGAGUCCAUGGUCUUGAAGAGUCGGCGAGCUCAAAUAUGAAAAUUCUGAAAUAUUUCCAUAUCUGAAGCGAUGAUUUAGUAUCACAUUAUGAUUUCAACAAGAAAUACUUAAGCCUCACUGGACUCCCAAAUCUAAGGAGAGUUUCAAGAUUUCAGAAAAGGUUCUUGCCUGAAGAUAAAAAAGAAGUUGCUAACCACAUAAAAGUUGUACCUUCAACUUCAUUUCCUAACGUUUCAGAAUUAAGAAAGUUCUUUGAACCAAAGACAAAAGAAUAUCCAGCCAUGAAAAGAAAAGAGAGAAUUGCCAGGAGGCUGGAAGGAAUUGAAAGUGACGCACAGCCCAUCCUCCUGCAGAGCUGCACGGGGCUGGUGACUCACCGCCUGCUAGAGGAAGACAAGCCCCGGUAUAUGCGUGCCUCCGACCCAGCCAGCCCGCACAUUGGCCGAGCCAAUGAAGAAGAGAACACGUCUGAAUCUUCCACAGAGCAGCAGACUCGCUCCCAGCCCUGUGCAGAGACCCCGGGCGUCCAGGGGGACUCCUACAGUUCGGGUCCCAUGGACCCCCAAGGGCUGGAGUCCAAAGCGGAAAGGAUCGCGAGGUACAAAGCCGAGAGGAGACGGCAGCUGGCGGAGAAAUACGGGAUUUCUCUGGAUUCCGAAGUGGACUCCGACACUCCCUACCGCUACAGCAAGGCCAGGAAGGACCCCGAUGCCACCGACAAGAGGGCAGGCCGAGGAGACAAAUGGGAUGAGUCUGGCAAGGAGUCCAGCCCUGCCUACCCCAGGACGGAGAUCGUGGGCUUCAGGACCUAUGUGCCUGAGUCCAAGGACUACCGUGUUUCCGACGCAGAGAUGCUGCUCAACGUGGAAAACCAGAGGCGGGAUGGACAGCUGAGCGCCGCUGCCGGGGAGACGUCCGCGGGCUUCCUGCUGUCCGCGGGAGACAGCGGCCUCGGAGAAGCGCCCAGGUCGCUGAAGCCCAUGGCCAGUGUGACCCUGGCCUCCCUGAGCCAUGGCACUGGGGACCGGGACCCGCCCUUCCCUGCCCAGGGUCGAUCCAGUACAGGGAAACCCAAACAUGAGUGGUUUCUCCAGAAAGACUCAGAAGGAGACACACCAUCACUUAUCAACUGGCCUUCCAGAGUUAAAGUUAGAGAGAGAUUGGUGAAAGAGGAGAGUGCACGCAGCAGCCCUGAACUUGCCCCCGAGUCCUUGACUCAGAGGAGACUACAGCCUGCCCCCCUGCAUUGCCUGUCCUUUCAGUCUGAAAACUCGGCCUUUGAUAGGGUGGUGAGCAAGGCUGCUGCCGGCGCCCCCCGGCAACCUCUACGGGGCUACGUGCAACCCCCAGAGCCCACCCAUCCGGCCAAGCUGGUGUCUUCGGAAGCCCCAGAGAACCGCUCUGAGCAGAGUUGGCUGGGCUCAGCCCCCGCCAACACCCUCCAGCCUCCUCCCACCAUGAAGGUUCUAGAAGGCGAAAGGAGAGAGAGCCCCGAUCUCCACAUCUGUGAACCCCAAGCGGACGAAGAUGCGCUCUUUGCCGAGGUGCUUGAGAAAAGCCGGAAAACGCUGUUGGCUCUGGAGAAUCGUCGGCUCUCACGAAGCCACCAAGAGCACACUGCAAACGAGGGCCUGGGUCAGCCGGCUGUCAGUACCGUCACCUUGGAAUCAUGGAACAACCCGGACAGUCGGUUGGUGCCCCCUCCAGCCGACCGCCAGCCCCCAGAAAGAAUGGGCAGGAGCGAAGUGGUCUUGUAUGUUCAGAACGAGCCCGUGUCCCAGGAGAUUGAUGUGAUCGGUCCGGCGAAGGAGGCAUCCUCGAAAAAGCACAAGGUUCGCAUCCGCUCCCUGUCUGAUUACACGGGCCCCUCUCAGCUCCAGGCCCUGAGGGCGAGAGACCCAGCUUCCAGAAGACAGAGUGCCCAAGCCGGGGAGCCCCCAGUGGAAGUUGGCAUGCUGGACACCAGGGUGUCAGUCGCCCAGCUUCGAAAUGCCUUUUUGGAGUCGGCCAGUGCCAGCAAGAAAUCGGAACUCCAACCCCGGGUUGAAAGGUCAACCGAAGGCAGUGGCUGGCCUGCCAGUGUGGAACGGGAGAGAGGCUCCCGGAAACCCAGACGUUAUUUUUCUCCUGGUGAAAGUAGAAAGACUUCAGAGAGAUUUAGAACUCAACCUAUAACCUCAGCAGAACGACAGGCAUCAGAUAGGUCUACUUCAAACCCAGAAAUACCAACUGCUGAUGAUGAAGAAAAGGUAGAUGAGAGAGCCAAGCUGAGUGUGGCUGCCAAGAGGCUGCUUUUCAGGGAAAUGGAAAAAUCGUUGGAUGAGAAAAACGUUCCCAAGCGUCGCUCCCGCAAUGCAGCAGUGGAGCAAAGGCUGCGGCGUCUGCAAGACAGAUCCCACACCCAGCCUGUCACCACGGAAGAGGUCGUCAUCGCUGCCACUGAACCUAUCCCUGCUUCGUGCUCUGUGGCCACCCACCCUGUUAUGGCAAGACUUCCCUGUCCCACUGUAGCUCAGAGCCCUGUGCAACCUGCCAGCUUACAGGCAUCUGCUCAUCAGAAAGCUUUAGCCAGAGACCAGGCAAAUGAGGGCGGUGAUUCUGCUGAGCAAGGUGAACCUGAUUCCUCCACUCUCAGCUUAGCAGAGAAGUUGGCAUUGUUUAACAAAUUGUCGCAGCCAGUCUCAAAAGCCAUCUCUACCCGGAACAGAAUAGACAUAAGACAGAGGAGAAUGAACGCUCGCUAUCAGACUCAGCCCGUCACUCUCGGAGAGGUGGAGCAGGUGCAGAGUGGGAAGUUCAUUCCUUUCUCACCUACUGUGAACAAAUCAGUGUCUACCAUGGCACCCACAGUCACACCCAUGUACGCAGGGGAUCUCCGGACAAAGUCGUCUGUGGAGGACCACACCAGUGCCACUGAUUAUAAGUUUCCAUCUUCCCUGGAAAAUGCAGACACUCCUGUCAGAAGCAUUCUGAAAUCUCAAACCUGGCAGCCUUCAGGAGAGGGGUCUGGGAGCAAAGGCACAUCAAAAGAGGUUGGAGAAUCGGAAAGACAGAGAAUGUGGACAGGUGGAGAUGGGGGUGUUAGGAAGUCUGGGUCCUUUGAGGAAGCAGAGGCAUCUCACCUCAUCCUCAACAGAGCCCGGGAAGCAGAGAGUCAGAAAGAACCCAGAUAUGCUGGGCCCCGAAAAGAAAGCCAGGAACUGGCUCAUCCUCCCUUUGCUCAUGUUGGUGAUGAACCGAAGGAAUUUUCCACUGCUAAAAUCACUUCCCAGGGGAACGCAGAUGUGAAGGACAAGCAGCCCUUUGAGGAGAAGGUGAACACAGAGAAUGUUGCACAGAGAAGGUUUUCGCUGAGAGCAACAGAGUUUGGGGAGCCUCUGUGUGAGCAGACGGGCCCAGCUGCCGGGAAAAACGUAGCUCAGCCCGCAACCCCGGGAUCUUGGAAGCAGCCGGAUCCUGCAGAAGCAGCCCAGGAGAAGCUCUACAAGAAUCCAAAUGCUGUGUUUGCCUCUGGAGAGAUUAAAGUGCCAAUGAUGGAGGACAGCUUCGACUCACCCAGCAAAACCAUGUCCAUUAAAGAAAGGUUAGCACUAUUGAAGAAAAGCGGAGAGGAAGAUUGGAAAAACAGAUUAAGCAGAAAGCAGGAAUUUGGCAAAGGAUCUGUCACUAGCAGCCUGAACAUACAAGAAAUGGAUCAGUCACUCAAGAAGAAGCGGGUGAGUGACAGCCGAGAGAGCCAGAUGACUAUUGAAGAGAGAAAGCACCUCAUCACCGUGAGAGAAGAAGCCUGGAAAACAAAAGGCAAAGGAGCAGCCAACGACUCCACGCAGUUCACCGUGGCUGGCAGGAUGGUGAAGAAAGGCUUGGCAUCCCCCACGGCCAUAACUCCUGUCUCAUCCCCACUUUGCAACAAAACCAGGGGCACCACGCCAGUUUCCAAACCCCUGGAAGACAUUGAGGCCAGACCAGACAUGCAGUUAGAGUCAGAUCUGAAGUUGGACAGGCUGGAAACUUUCCUGAGAAGGUUGAAUAACAAAGUGGCAGGGAUGCAAGAAACAAUCCUCACGGUCACCGGUAAAUCUGUUAAGGAGGUGAUGAAACUAGACGACGAUGAAACCUUUGCCAAAUUUUACCGCAGCGUGGAUUGUGCAGGGUUACGAAGUUCAGUGUCACUCGAUGAGGAUUUCGACGUCAUUCUCGACUCCUGUGCACCCAAGCUGACCUCUUCCGUGGCAGAACACAAGCGAGCAGUUAGGCCCAAACGCCGGGUUCAGUCUUCCAGAAACCCCUUGAAAAUGCUGGCAGCGAGAGAAGAUCUGCUUCAGGAAUAUACUGAGCAGAGGUUAAAUGUGGCCUUCAUGGAGUCAAAGAGGAUGAAAGUCGAAAAGAUGUCUUCCAACUCCAACUUCUCCGAAGUGACUCUGGCCGGCCUAGCCAGUAAGGAAAACUUCAGCAACGUUAGUCUGCGCAGCGUCAACCUGACGGAGCAGAAUUCAAACAACAGCGCAGUGCCCUACAAGAAGCUGAUGCUGCUACAGAUUAAAGGAAGAAGACACGUGCAGACGAGACUGGUGGAACCUCGCGCCUCAUCGCUGAACAGCGGGGACUGCUUCCUUCUGCUGUCCCCCCACUUCUGCUUCCUGUGGGUCGGAGAGUUUGCGAAUGUCAUAGAAAAGGCAAAGGCCUCAGAACUUGCCACUUUAAUUCAGACCAAGAGAGAGCUUGGUUGUAGAGCAACUUAUAUCCAAACUAUUGAAGAAGGAAUUAAUACUCACACUCAUGCAGCCAAAGACUUCUGGAAACUUCUGGGUGGCCAAGCCAGUUACCAAUCUGCUGGAGACCCCAAAGAGGAUGAACUAUACGAGACAGCCAUAAUAGAGACAAACUGCAUUUACCGCCUGCUGGAUGACAAGCUGGUUCCUGAUGAUGACUUCUGGGGGAAAAUCCCAAAAUGCUCCCUUCUGCAGUCCAAAGAGGUGUUGGUGUUUGAUUUUGGCAGUGAGGUUUACGUCUGGCAUGGAAAAGAAGUCACCUUAGCACAACGGAAAGUAGCUUUUCAGCUAGCCAAGCACCUGUGGAAUGGAACCUUUGACUAUGAGAACUGUGACAUCAACCCACUGGACCCGGGGGAAUGCAAUCCGCUGAUUCCCAGAAAAGGACAGGGGCGGCCAGACUGGGCCAUAUUUGGGAGGCUUACAGAACACAACGAGACGAUUUUGUUCAAAGAGAAGUUUCUUGAUUGGACCGAGCUGAAGAAACCCAAUGAGAAGAAUGUUGGGGAACUUGUCCAACAGAAGGAGGAGUCCAGGGCCGAUGUGAAGCCAUACGAUGUGAUGCAGAUGGUCCCCGUGUCCCAGACCAUGGCCAGCACCGUGCUGGACGGGGUGAACGUGGGCCGGGGCUACGGCCUGGUGGAGGGGGAGGACCGCAGGCAGUUUGAGAUUGCCAUCGCCUCUGUGGACGUCUGGCACAUCCUGGAGUUUGACUACAGCAGACUCCCCAAACAGAGCAUCGGGCAGUUCCAUGAGGGCGACGCGUAUGUGGUCAAGUGGAAGUUCACGGUGAGCACCGCAGUGGGAAGUCGGCAAAAGGGGGAGCACGCCAUCAGGGUAGCCGGCAAAGAGAAGUGCGUCUACUUCUUCUGGCAAGGCCGGCACUCGACUGUGAGUGAGAAGGGCACCUCGGCCCUGAUGACGGUGGAGCUGGAUGAAGAAAGGGGCGCCCAGGUCCAGGUUCUCCAGGGCAAGGAGCCCCCCUGUUUCCUGCAGUGUUUCCAGGGGGGCAUGGUGGUGCACUCCGGGAGACGGGAAGAAGAGGAAGAAAAUGCACAGAGCGAGUGGAGGCUGUACUGCGUGCGGGGAGAAGUGCCCAUGGAAGGAAACUUGCUGGAAGUGGCCUGUCACUGCAGCAGCCUGAGGUCCAGGACGUCCAUGGUGGUCCUCAACAUUAACAAGGCGCUCAUUUACCUGUGGCACGGAUGCAAAGCCCAGGCCCACACGAAGGAGGUUGGAAGGACCGCGGCUAAUAGAAUCAAAGAACAGUGUCCUCUGGAGGCUGGCCUGCACAGCAGCAGCAAAGUGACCAUUCACGAGUGCGACGAAGGAGCCGAGCCCCUGGGAUUCUGGGACGCCUUGGGAAGGAGAGACAGGAAAGCCUACGACUGCAUGCUUCAAGAUCCUGGAAAUUUCAACUUCACGCCCCGCCUGUUCAUCCUCAGCAGUUCCUCUGGAGAUUUCUCAGCCACAGAGUUCAUGUACCCGGCCCGAGAGCCCACUGUGGUCAAUUCUAUGCCUUUCCUGCAGGAAGAUCUAUAUAGCGCCCCACAGCCAGCGCUCUUCCUGGUGGACAAUCACCACGAGGUGUACCUCUGGCAAGGCUGGUGGCCCAUCGAGAACAAGAUCACGGGCUCUGCCCGCAUCCGCUGGGCGUCGGACAGGAAGAGCGCCAUGGAGACGGUGCUGCAGUACUGCCGAGGGAAAGGUACCAAGAAGCCACCCCCCAAGGCUUACCUGAUCCAUGCUGGCCUGGAACCCCUGACCUUCACCAACAUGUUUCCCAGCUGGGAGUACCGAGAGGACAUCGCGGAAAUCACAGAAAUGGAUACAGAAGUUUCCAACCAGAUCACCCUGGUGGAGGACGUCCUAGCCAAGCUCUGUAAAACCAUUUACCCACUGGCUGACCUGCUGGCCCGGCCCCUGCCCGAGGGCGUGGACCCACUCAAGCUGGAGAUCUAUCUCACGGACGAGGACUUCGAGUUUGCACUAGAGAUGACAAGGGAGGAAUACAGCGCCCUGCCCUCCUGGAAGCAGGUGAACCUGAAGAAAGCCAAAGGUCUGUUCUGAGCAUCCCACGCUGCUGGAACCUCGCCUGUCAAUUUCCAGACCACUGGGCCAGGAAAGUGGGUUUUUUUUUUUGGACUGGUACAUAUAUAUAUAUAUAUAUAUUAAAUAAAUAACUUCUUUAAUCAGAGUUUUCAAAAUUUGAAGUUCUUAGCCCUACUGCUUGUCCUAGAGUUGUGUAUUUUGUAAAUGUUGGCAAGAACUCUUUGGAAACUCUCUUUCCACCAUCCAGCAGGUAAUGUGAAUGGAUAUCCUUCUGUGCACUUAAGCAGCUGUUCCUUGCAGCGAAGAUCCCACUGCCCUCCGGAUCCAGCUAAGCCACGCCUAUUUUUUUUAAGCAGUUCUCUUUAUAAAGUGUUAUUUUGAUAGUUUGUGGAUUCUAAAAUAUAUAUAUUUAUAUAAACACCAUAUAAAUCAAAUAUGUAUUUAACAAAUGCAAAAUAUGUAUUCAUUCACUUUUAAGAGGUUUUUUUUUUUUGGUGUCAAAUACUAUUAAAAGGUAGACAGAGUUGUUUCUGGGGAAUUUGCACUGCCCCAAGUUGUAGCCUCACACACGCAAUGAAGUGUCGCCUGCCAUGUGAGGUCGCGCCCUUGGCCUCUGAACUGCUUCCGGUGCUACAACCUAUAGAGAAUGUCCACUUCUUGGCACGGGCUCUGAGGACUCUGCGACCCCCACCUUCAUAUCUCCCCCAAAUGUAUAGUGCCUUGUUUUUAUGUACAGUUUAUAUACAGAACAAUUUGCUCUGCAAUUUUUUGAUGAUGGUUUGGAACCUUAUCUAUAAUUUUACUCCGAAAUAGUCGAACUAAAAAACAUCUCAAUUUCUGAUACUUGUUGUAAACAUUAAACCUGUCCUUUUGCCAUAUAGGACUCCAAAAUAAAAGCUUCCAAAUAAACACAAUUUAUUGAUUGGUC